UAUGUGGAAAAGGUUGAAUAGUGUGGGUCCUAUACUAUUUUAGCCAAUAAAAAUUUUAAAAUUUUACAUAUGCAAACGAUUUGAAAGGUAUAGUAUUUUUUUUUUAUUGUAAAUCUCAGGGACUAGAUGUUUUAAGUAGAGAGUCCAAGGACGAGGUUGCAAAUAUUGCAAAACAAUAUGUAUGUAUACACUCGUACGUACAUGUACACUUAAACCCAAAAUUUAAUCUCCGCACGGUUUAUUAGACCAAACCGGCCGGUUCGGCACGCUCGCCGAACCCUCAAAUAAACCGCGGCGACCGCAUAAUUCUCCGCUGCUUUGCUCGGAAAUGGCGACGGGUUCUCUCAUCGCCGCGCUCCUCCGAGGAGCGCGCCACAGAAACCCUAGCUCGACGAUCCUCCUACGACCCCUUCCUCUCCCCUCCCACCUCCGAAACCCUAGGCUCCUCUCCUCGUCCCCCUCUCCGAGCGGAGGCCUCGACAUCGACGAUGCCGACACCCCCGCCGCCGCGGUGGAGAACGACGAUCUCAGGAGCCGCAUCUUCCGACUCCGCUUCGCCAAGCGGAGCGCCACCGCCGCGCUCGAGCGGUGGGCCGGCGAGGGGCGGAGCGCCACAGCCGUGGAGCUCCGCCAAAUCGCUAGGGAUUUAAGGAGAUCGCACCGUUAUAAGCACGCCCUUGAGAUAUCAGAAUGGAUGAAGACUCACCACGAACUGGAGCUAUCUGAAAGUGAUUAUGGGCUGCGCAUAGACUUGAUUACAAAAGUUUUUGGUGCUAAUGCCGCUGAAGACUUCUUCGAGGGGCUCCCAGCGAGUGCGAAAUCCCAUGAAGCCUAUACCACACUCCUCCAUUCAUUUGCUAGGGCGAAGCUAACAGAAAAGGCUGAGGGCCUCCUUGAGAGAAUGAAGCUAGCAAACAUUUCUCCUAACCUGCUUGCCUAUAAUGAAAUGAUGACUUUGUAUACCUCAGUUGGGCAACUGGAUAAGGUAUUGGAAGUCGUUGAAGAGCUCAAGAGAGAGAAACUCGCGCCGGACUUAUUCACAUAUAAUCUCUGGAUAAGUGCUUGUGCUGCAACAAUGGAUAUUGAUGGUCUGCGAAGAGUUCUUAAUGAGAUGGCGCAUGACUCAAACUCUGAGAAAGGAUGGAUAACAUACAUGAAAUUGGCUGAUAUUUAUGUUACUGCAGGCCAUCUUGUAAGCUCUGAUAACUCUCUCGUUGGUGGGGUUGAUACAAAGAUUAGCCAGAGCGAGUGUAUAACUUACGAUUUUCUCAUGAUACUUUAUGCGGGUCUAGGGAACAGCGAGAGGAUAAGAGAAAUAUGGAAGUCUAUGCAUAUGACCUCGCAAAAGAUGAGCAGCAGAAACUAUAUUUGUGUGUUGUCUUCCUAUCUCAUGCUCGGGCAAUUGAAGGAUGCUGGAGAAGUUAUCGAUCAGUGGAGACAGUCUAAGUCUCUGGAGUUUGACAUCUCCGCGUGUAAUAGGCUUUUCGAUGCUUUUGUGAAGGCCGACUUGAUUGAUGUGGCUGAUAAAUUUCGAGAGCUAAUGCUACAAAAGAGCUGCGAACUCACAAGCAGACCACUCUGAGUGACGUUGUGAGGAGUAAAUUUUAGAGCUCAUUUUGAGAAAAUGAUAUAGGUAAAUUGAGAAGGUUCUCCCUUGAUUUUGUAAUGUUAUGAGUAAUAAUUAUUGUUGUGAAAUGACAUUACAGUAAUUACUGGUGUUAGCUUCUAUACUGAUUUAAUUAUGUAGAGGUUCUUAGCAUGGUUUUGCUUUUUAA